AUGGCACAGGAUGGCUCUACCGCCUCUUACUUGGAACCCCCGGUAAUUACCGCCAUAAAGCACGAUGCCAUUCAAACCGGACCUUUGGCCCGAGCUGCCAUGGAGAGGUCGUUCAGUCAGGAUAUUUCAGAAGGAACUCAAGACUUGAAAGAGGCAGCGGAGCAGACCAGGAACAUCAUACUCGAUCUGAGCCUUGAUGGCAUCAUUCGUUGGGUCAGCCCGUCGUGGACCGACAUGGUUGGAACCGAACUCAACACUGUCCGAGGACAGAAAAUCUCACAGUUCAUCAGUGACGACCCAACAGUGUUUGACACCGCCAUCGAGGCCUUGAAAUCCAAUGACUCCAAAAGUCACAUCGUCAAGUUUGCCGUCAAGGUCGGCGCCUCCUCCGACGUGGCUCCGAUGAUCCCCAUCGAAGAUGGUGAAAAGCCUGGUCCGGAAAAUGUCAACCUGGACGAAGCUGGCCGCGCCACGCUUGACCUGGAAGGUCAAGGAAUCAUGGUCUAUGACCGAAGCUCAGGUGGUGGCACCCAUACCAUGUGGAUGUUACAACCUGCCACCGAGCCUGUACGCAUCGAGAUCGCCCUUCCCCAGAAGCUGGUCGAAACUCUCGGCGUCGGUGCUGAAAUUUUGGCAAAAUAUCUCACUGAAUUAGCAGAAGCAGGGGCUAAUGACCCUGAAAACCACCCUCCUCCACUCCCCGUCCUCUGCCGAGUAUGCGAACGCUCCAUCAUCCCUUGGUGGUUCGAAAAACAUUCCGACUUGUGCGUUCAAGAACAUCGCGCGGAGAUGGACGUUCAAAUGGUCCAGGAGAAUCUCUCUGAACAGCGCCAUGCCAUCGUCAAGGUUCUAGACGCUUUUGAAGCUCGUCAAGGCCGCAUCGGACCUGAGGGCUCACCCAACAUGGCUCCCCUGCCGGAAUAUAAAGGCCAGCCCAUCGGGCCUUCACCAACCACGUCCUCUGCUGUGUCUUCGGCCUCGGCAUCCCAUACCGCAAGUCCCGCCCGGUCGAGGAGCCCAUCGGCAGCAGGCCUGGGUCACAAUCGUGCUCGGUCGUUCGUCGUUCGUCGACCACUAGUGCGGUUGGUGGAACUGAUUUUGGAUCUCUGUGACACCGCCUUGGAAAUCAAUGCCCCCUCGAUCAAAGACAGCAAGUCCAACUCAGAAGACGAAUUCCUAUCUCAGUCACCGCAGUCUGAAUCGAGGAUCGCUCAAGUUCAUCAAUGGCAGCCCCCCAUCAGUCUCGAGAAUGAACCGGGCCUGGCCGCUUUGAGCGCCGAUACCGAAAGACUCGCACGGGCCAAGGUCGAAGCUGUCCACCGACAACAAUUUAUCCUCGAGUACUCGGAGCGUAUCCGUCAAGAGUACAUGGCAGAGGUCGAUGCUUGCAUCAGUGAAGCGUUGAUCAAAGCCGAAAGAGCGGCCGCCGGGGAGGACCUGUCGUCCGGCGGAAGUGAGACGGAGAGUGAGACGGAGAUCGAAAUGGAUGGCCAUUUGGAAGACAUUCUUGAAAGCCCCAUCAAACCUGACGAAUCUUCGACCGAGGUCUUGGAACCCGAGGCGACACGGUCAAUGCCAUACGUCGGUGUUAGAUCUAUGGCCACGGCCUUGAGAACUUCGAGAGACUUGUCCCACAUUGCCCUCACCGACCAACGACGUUCCUCCUCCCAAGCGGUGUCGACGGGGUCCAACAGCCCCAUCGAAUGCCCGACGCCGAAGUCGCACAAGAGCAAUCUGAUCACGCAACCUCAGCCGUUAUCGAACCGUCGGUCGAUGUAUAUCGAUGACGGUAAUGACAGCGACAGCAGUCUGCCGUCGGCCAGCAACUGGCGAGCUGAUUCUCCCGCCAUCUCCGAACACGGUCGGUCUGCACAUUCUCGCGACAGAAAGCGAAGGAGCAUGCAUCUCCACGGUCUCAACUCCUCAUCGCCUCAUCGUCAGCAAUCCCCGGGCCGGUAUCCUCCACCGCCACCCUCGCCACUACGUAUGAACAAGUCUCGAGUCCCCAGUGGGGAGAACGCACAAUCCCCCAUCGUUUCACCUCUCUUGACCACCGGGGAAUAUAUGCCACCGCCACAUGUACCGGUACUGCAUAGGAGGCAGUCGUCGAUGCAUUCGUCUGAUAUACGCACACCGUCUUCUCCACGGCUCAGCUCCAUUAGUCAGCCUCAACAACGUGUUCAACCUCCCUCGAUCAAAGACUUUGAAGUCAUCAAACCGAUCAGUCGGGGCGCCUUCGGGAGCGUCUACCUGGCCAAGAAAAAGGCCACCGGCGAGUACUUUGCCAUCAAGGUGUUGCGAAAGUCGGACAUGAUCGCUAAGAACCAAGUUACCAAUGUCAAAGCCGAACGUGCUAUCAUGAUGUGGCAGGGUGAAAGCGAUUUCGUCGCCAAAUUGUACUGGACCUUUUCGAGCAAGGACUACCUGUACCUGGUCAUGGAAUUUCUCAACGGCGGUGAUUGCGCUUCCCUCGUCAAAAUUCUCGGUGGCUUGAGCGAAGAUUGGGCCAAAAAGUACAUCGCCGAGGUGGUGCUCGGGGUGGAACACCUGCACAGUCGAGGCAUCGUGCACCGUGAUCUGAAGCCUGACAAUCUUUUAAUCGAUUCAAAGGGCCAUCUCAAGCUCACUGACUUUGGACUCUCACGGAUGGGCUUGAUCGGUCGCCAAAAACGCGCCCUCAUUCAACCCGACGAGCCCGCUCCUGAUUUGUUGAAGCAAGGCCCUUUCACUCAGCCGUCGGGGAAUGGAUCGAAUCCCACUUCCAGGUCUGCUUCAUUUGACUAUCAAGGCCCCCACUCGCCGGCCCCCACUCCGCUCAUGACGCCGGCACUCGCAGGAGGGCUUGACCAGCCUUCGUACUUUAGCUUGAAUCGAGAGAGUUCGCUGAGUCGCGAACUGUCUUUUAAGAGCUCAGGGCAUCGCAGUGAUAGUGGCUCUAGUUUCGAUCUGCAUAAUCUCUUUAGAAAGCUGGGUGUGCAGGACGGUGCCGAACCAACAUCCCACCUCCGGAAUCAUGCGUUCGAGGAGGAGCUUUAUAGCCAAGGUAGUAACUCCCCGGACCUCUUUCCGUUGUCCCAAUCCAUGAGCAAUAUCUCACAGGCCCCUCCUCCGCCUCCGGCCUCUUCACAGAUGCUGCCACCUCCCACAGAGCUCUUUGACCCCGACGAGAGUGGACGUCGCUUUGUGGGAACCCCUGACUAUCUGGCCCCCGAGACCAUCAAUGGUCAAACCCAAGAUGAGAUGUGUGAUUGGUGGUCACUCGGAUGCAUCUUGUUCGAAUUCCUCUACGGCAUCCCGCCUUUCAAUGCCGACACCACCGAAGAGGUGUUUGACAACAUUCUCCAUCGCCGGAUUGCUUGGCCCGAGGACGACGAGUUUGAAGUCAGCGUCGAGGCAAAAGACUUGGUUAAUCAACUCAUUCAGCUCGACCCUCGUGAGCGACUCGGAGCCAACAUCGAGGAGAGAUACCCCACCGGAGGGCGGGAGAUCCAGGCGCACCCCUGGUUUGCCGAUAUCAACUGGGAUACCCUACUCGAAGAUGAAGCACAGUUUAUCCCCGCACCCGAACACCCAGAGGACACCGAAUACUUUGACUCUCGUGGAGCGACACUGUCGUCGUUUCCCGAGGAGCUGGAGGAUCAGAUCUCUCCCUCGGGACCCACCCCCAAUGGUGCAGAUUACCCCAACCGGCCUCACGAUGCACUAUUCCGAGCUCGGACACAGACGGCGUCGGCAAAGCGAGGGCUCAUGCCCCUCCAUAUCCCUCCACACGUCGCUCGCGACUCUCGGAGUCGGAGGCUGAGUGAACCGGUCGUCGCCGAUGAUUUUGGUAACUUCACGUUCAAAAAUCUGCCCGUGCUGGAAAAGGCCAACAAGGACAUUGUCGAGAAGAUGCGCAAAGAGGCCAUGCAGGCCCAAGCGCGUGGGUACUCGCACUCGCAGGCUAUGUCCGCGGCUAACAGCCCAGCCAUGGGGUCUCCAGGGCCAUCUCUUGAGGGCAGUCCGAUGAUGCCCAUGCCCGUCAAGCGGGCCCUGUCGAUCAGCAAAGGCCACCGGCCCGGCUCGCCCGCCAGUCUGGCGACGAGCAAUUCGUCUCCAAGCAGACCCUCUCAACCAUCAUCGCCGCUGUUGGUUCAAUUCUCGACCGCCCAGCAUCAUGAACGGCGCAAGACGUCGGGAUCCUCUAGUGGAAGCAAUUCUCUCCUCCCCGGCAGUUUCUUCGACAUUCCUCAUGAUGCCCUCAAGCACGUCGGUACUGCUGCCGCUUCACCGAUCAAGCCCCACCGGUUACCGGCCGUUUCCCCCGCGAAGCAGAUGCAGGGGCCGCCUUCCCGGCAGUCCAGUGUCAAUGGACGCACCAGAUCUCAAACGGUCGGCUCUCAAGAAAGCGAUGGGCAGUCGGCUCGUGAAGGGUUUAUGCCUGGCCACCACAAACGCAAGAGCCAGUUGUUCGUGCGGGAUGUUUCGCCGUCGUCGUCGGACAACGAGAACUCGCAAGCCAAGGCCAUCCUCAAGGUUCAGCGUCGGAGACAGAGUUCACGGAGAAUGUCCCAGAUCAAUUUCUCGGACGGCCCGACCUAUCACCCGCUCGAUGUUUUGAUCUGUGAAGAUCAUCCGGUCUCUCGCAUGGUGAUGGAACGGCUUUUCGAAAAGCUCCGAUGCCGCACCGUCAGCGCCAGCAAUGGACCAGAUGCUCUCCGACUUGCCGUGAGCCAGAUCAAGUUCGAUAUCAUCUUCAUGGAGUUCAAGCUUCCGCUCAUAAGCGGGGUGGAUGCCGCUCGAAUGAUUCGCGACACCAAGAGUGCCAAUACCAACACCCCGAUCGUGUGCAUCACCGGGUACCUGAAAGACCUUCCUGAUGUUCACCACUUUGACACAUUAAUGCAGAAGCCGCCCACUACGGAAAAGCUGACCGAGAUGCUCUGCAAGUACUGCUCAUGGAAGCCGCCACCGAAGGACUUCAAAUUGGCCAUGCCGUUGCAGAUUCAGCCCAUCACUAGUCGCCUCGAUGGGUUGCUGACCCAGGACAGUCCCAGCUCGGUGGCGUCGAGCCUGGCGCCGACCAUGCCGGACUCCUCCUACAAGGGCUCGAGUCGUGAAGAUUCCAUUGGCAGUGGUGGGUUUUUCAGUGAUAUGGAAUCUUUGAAAGCAGAUGAGAUCCCCGUGAUUGUCUCCCGAGCAGCCACCGACGACUGGGCCAACAGUGGUCUGGGCAUCUCUGACGACAUAGUGAUGAGUCGGCGACCCUACAUUCAGAGUGGAUUCCCUCACCUGGUUCAUACCGAGUCAGCGCCUCCGAGUGCCAGCAUCGAGGAACCCAGUGGGUUUGGGCUACGCACUCCCCGUCGUCAGCGCUCCUCAGAGGCGGUCAGACAGAAGCGAGAGCAACUAGAAAUCAAUCUACACAACCUCAACGGUGCCGCGGACGAAGGAGACGACGAAGACGAUGAACUCGGUGACGCGCAAGUGCGGGCUCGGUCCCCCAUCGGGAAAAGUGCCAGACCAACUUCCAAGCUCGGGAUCGAAAUGAUGCGGACGAACAGCCGUGGGAGUGUCAUCUCGAUGAAUAAUGACAACACGGCAGAUUCAGAGAGUCUGCGGAAGUCGGUUGAGAUCCUGGAAGAACGGAUGGAGAGCCUCAAAAUUCCCGAGGAGCCGCCUCAAUCGGUCUUGGUCGCGAUCCAACCACGGAAGACCGUCGAACGGGUGGCCUCACAGCAUUCACAUCCAGAGCAGACAACACCAGACCGGCCUCUCAGCCGGGGGCAUAUCACACCACCCGUCAUCUUUCCCCAGAAACCCGGAACGAGUGUCACUGACAUCGCCAUGGACAGUGAGCUUACCCCGGUCCCUUCCAAAACCAUCAACCUGGAAGAGGAACCCACUCCGAAGCCUCAAGGCAGCCCUGCAGGACAGGCGAAACCAUAA